GCAGCUGACAUCCCCAGGAGUUUACUCUCACCCUGCUGCUGCUGCUGCUGCCUUUCCUGCGUCCUUACCAAGCCCUGGGAUUUAAAGCAUUCUUUUUUUUUCCAUCCAAGUGGAACUCCAGAAACCUCCCUCCUUUAUUUAUUUCUUACGAGGAAGACCUACAAACCUUGCAGUGUUGGGAAAGUUGUUUUUUUUUUCCUCCCCUUCUCCCUGCACAGACGUGCUUUUCUGCCUUUGUGCAUUCUCUCUCUCUUUUUUUUUGUAAUGUUGCAUGGUUGGGAGGGGAGAGGGUGCAGAAGAUCUUUAGCAGACAGGUGAUGGGCAUCUCAGAGGAGAUGUGGUGCUGCCUCCUUUGGGUUUGUGUCUUGGUCUGAUCUGUAUCAUGCACAUACUGCUCCUUAUCUGCUCCUAAAGACCAGCAUUGCCCAGGAGAAAGAAAGAAAGAAAGAAAGGAGGCUCCCACUUGUGCAGCGGUUCCACCAAUUUUGAGGGGUGCUGUUGGUCCCCUAAGGGAUGGUACUGAUUCUCCCAGAUACAGGAGCAGUUCUGGAGCUCCUACAUCAAGACAUUGCAUUGUCAUUGAUCAGAAAGUCUAUCAGGAAGCAAUGAGGUGCCGGGUUUGGAUUUUGCUAUUAAGCAUCUGCUACCUGUCUCCUACAUUUUGCGAGGAAGCAGAGAUUCCCCAGGAGCUGAUCGAGAAACUGGCCCACAGCGAAAUCCGCAGCAUCAGCGACUUACAGCGCCUUCUGGAGAUUGAUUCCGUAGGAAAUGAGGACGCUUCAGGAACAAGUGUAAGAACACAAGCACACAGUUUCCAUCACAGUAAGCAUGUGCAAGAGAAACGGUCUGCUCCAAGCCGCAGAAGGCGCAGCAUUGAGGAAGCCGUCCCUGCUAUUUGCAAAACAAGGACUGUUAUAUACGAGAUACCUCGUAGCCAAAUUGAUCCAACGUCUGCAAACUUUCUGAUAUGGCCCCCAUGCGUGGAAGUAAAAAGAUGCACAGGAUGCUGCAACACAAGCAGCGUCAAAUGCCAACCAUCGCGGAUACACCACAGGAGCGUCAAGGUGGCGAAAGUAGAAUAUGUAAGGAAAAAGCCCAAAUUAAAAGAAGUUCUGGUGAGGUUAGAGGAGCAUCUGGAAUGCACUUGUACAGCAAAUUCUAAUUCAGAUUACCGAGAAGAGGAAACUGGCCUUUUCAGCAGCCCAGCCCUUGUGUUAACAGGAAGGACUAGGGAAACAGGUAAAAAACGGAAGAGAAAAAAAUUAAAGCCGACCUAAUUACCAGAUGGAAAUUAAUUUGCUCGGCAGAUGUGAGGUGAAAAUAAGCUAGACUGUUUCAUCUGGGACUCGGAUGUACACAAUUUUGUUACAUUCCUGAAUCUUCUACGUAUGGUGCUUUAUUGAUUGAACUAAGUUAUGUUUUUUGUUCUCUUGUGCGGAAAGACUGAAAAAGAAAAAAAAUAAAAUAAAGCGGUUCAAAGGACACUCUGUGAGAACAAAGGGACAAUGUACAUUUGUUUAAUGUGACAUCAAAGCAAGUAUUGUAGCACUCUUACAGAGAAGAGACGCUUCCCUUGUCAGAAAAGUACAGCAAGAUGGCGAAUGGAAAAAAAAGGAUAUAUUUAAAAAAAAAAAAAGUACUGCAAACGUAGCAAGUGAAUUGAUGACUAAUGUCAAGGCAAUGGUGCUUUAUGUCAAGAGAUGUGCCUGCUUUUACUGAUGAAGAUGGACGGUCAUUGGUAGACACAUGGCACAAAAAACAGGAAUGUAUCAAAUUAACAAGUGUCUACGCAGAAGCUACCGAAAAACAAUACAUCCUUGCUCAGUGGUGUUUAAAGUCUUCAAAAAAUAAAACAAAACAAAAAAAACCUGGGAAGCCUUAAGGAGGACUCUAUUUUAUUUUAUUUUUCAUUUUUACUCCAUUAAAUAAUUAAGUUGUGGGGGUAAUUUAAAUAUGGCUAUAUUCUGUUAGCACUUGGAAGACAACUGCUUCAAAAUGAGUCAGUAGAUGCUGAGCGUGAACAGACUCAUUUUUCAGCAGAGACCUUCAUGGUGUUUGAUUUUUGUUUUGUUUGUUUUUUUUUUUAACAUUUUUAUUUUAGGUGCAUUCACUCUUGCUAGUGACAUAAUUUUUUUUUUAUUUUUUUUCCUCCAAAUAUUUUUUGUAAGAAAAGUAGACAUUCUACUCGUUAACAUUUUUCCAUUUGGGGAACCUGAAAAUUAUACUCCCGUGAACUGUAUGUCAAACAUGCAAAAGUAAAGGCUGCUUAAUGAAAAAUAUUCUCCGAUGAAUGUGGCCCCGAGAUUUUAUUUUUUAAAAUCCUAUGAUGAAGAGAAGGUUGAAAAUGCCACCAAGAAUGCAUAUCUCUUUAAUGUUAAUAAUAGUAAAAUAUUAAACAAAAAUCUAUAUAUACUUUAAAAAUCUGAUUAUACAUUGAGGAUGAUAUAUGAAGAGUAAUUUUACAUGAAUGCAAGAGUGAAUUCACUAUGGAUAGCCCUGCCUCAGAUAUUAACUGAUUUUUUUAUCAUCCAGUAGAGAUUUAUUGCAGAGAAUGCAUAUACAAAAAACGCUAUAACUCUAUAGAAUUUCCUCUUGUAGGGAUGCAAGCUAAUGAACUGUAUUCAAAUAAAAAGAAACAAAGGUAUAUCAAGUCCAUAUUUCCUCAACUUUCAUUUCAAAUGUGUCUGCAUAAUUUAAAUAAUUUUAAAUAAAAUAUUGUAUAUUAAUAAAUCAUGGGAUAUCUGUACGACGUCAAACUUGUGCCACUUGCCUAAUAGUGCUAAUAUUUUUUUUUCUUGCAAUUUUAUUAUUUUAUCAUACACAACUUUUUUCACAUUGCCAGAAAGUGUGAAAUGGACAUUCUAUUCUUGUAAUUGCAUUGUACAGUAACACUGUAGCAAGGAGAAUAUUUGCUACGUGUAUUUCAACAAAUUCUAAAUUCUUUAUUUUUGGUAUAAAAAAAAAAAAAGUAUGCUUAUGUGUAUUCAACAGAAAUGUGUUCUUUUUUUUGUAAAGUUGAAGUUUGUAUUUUUAUCUAAAAUUAACAUUUUUAUAUAAGUAAGAA